AUGAGACCAUCGUCACUACCACCAACAGCAGCAGCAGCCACCACCACCUCCCCCGUUGCUCGCAACAUGCGUGCUGUUCCUGCCACCAUGGCACGCACCUAUGCCAGCACCAGCACACCCGAUCCCAAUGCCAACCCCAUCACCGGCAAGACGACAUUUGGCAGCCUGUCUGAUGAGGAUCGUAUCUUCACCAACUUGUACCUCCGUCACGACUAUCGCUUGAAAGGUGCCUUGAAGCGUGGAGACUGGUACAAGACCAAAGAACUUGUUCUCAAGGGUCAUGAAUGGAUCUUGGAUGAAAUGAAACAAUCCGGUCUUCGUGGUCGUGGUGGUGCCGGUUUCCCUACAGGCUUAAAGUGGAGCUUCAUGAACAAACCAUUGGAUGGGCGUCCACGCUACUUGGUUGUCAAUGCUGAUGAGGGCGAACCUGGUACAUGCAAAGAUCGCGAGAUUAUGCGAGGUGAUCCACAUAAGCUCAUUGAAGGAUGCUUACUUGCUGGUGUUGCUAUGAAGGCCAAUGCUGCUUAUAUCUAUAUCCGUGGUGAAUUCUAUCAAGAAGCAUCGCAUCUUCAAGAAGCUAUCAAUGAGGCAUAUGAAGCUGGUUUGAUUGGCAAGAAUGCUUGUGGCUCUGGUUAUGAUUUCGACGUUUACAUUCAUCGUGGUGCUGGUGCUUACAUUUGUGGCGAGGAAACUUCGCUUAUUGAAUCCAUCGAAGGCAAGCAAGGCAAACCUAGAUUGAAGCCACCUUUCCCUGCUGAUGUCGGUCUCUUUGGUUGUCCUUCCACUGUCACCAACGUCGAAACUGUGGCUGUUGCUCCCACUAUUUUGAGACGUGGUGGAAAAUGGUUUGCCAGCUUUGGCCGUGCACGUAAUCAAGGUACCAAGCUUUUCUGUAUCUCAGGUCACGUCAACAACCCAUGCACUGUGGAGGAAGAAAUGUCCAUUCCUUUGCGCGAGUUGAUUGAAAAGCACUGUGGUGGCGUACGAGGAGGAUGGGAUAAUCUUCUUGGUAUUGUUCCUGGUGGUUGUUCAGUUCCUGUUUUGCCCAAGCAUAUUUGUGAUGAUGUUUUAAUGGACUUUGAUGCCCUUCGUGAUGUCACAUCAGGUCUUGGUACUGCUGUCAUUGUCAUGGAUAAGUCCACUGAUAUUGUUCGUGCCAUUUCUCGAUUUGCCAAAUUUUAUCGUCAUGAAUCAUGCGGCCAAUGCACACCCUGCCGUGAAGGUACAAAGUGGCUCGAGAUGAUGAUGGAUCGUUUUGAAGAUGGUCAAGGACGCCCUGAAGAGAUUGAUCAGCUCUGGGAGCUUACAAAGCAAAUUGAGGGCCAUACCAUUUGUGCCUUGGGCGAUGCUGCUGCAUGGCCGGUUCAAGGUUUGAUUCGUCAUUUCCGCCCCGAGUUGGAGAAUCGUAUGGCACAAUUCCAACGCUCGCUCGAAGCUCAGCAACAAGCUCAACAAUUGCAUGCUUAG